AGUUUAACUUCGUUUCGGCUCCGUCACAGGAACAAGAUCGCAGGGCUUCAAGAUGCCGUCGCACAAGUCAUUCAUGAUAAAGAAAAAGCUGGCGAAGAAGAUGAGGCAGAACAGGCCCAUUCCACACUGGAUUCGUCUUCGCACUGACAAUACCAUCAGGUACAACGCAAAGCGUAGGCACUGGCGCAGAACCAAACUUGGAUUCUAAGAGGUUACGUUUGCGUAUUGUGGAAGCUCGGUUAUUUCCAAAACUUGAGUUUUGUUUUAGUGUUUUGUCUCAAUUUUGAUUGUGACUAUUAUCUUGUUAACGUUUGUGUUAGACAAUCUUUAAUCAGUUUUGUUUUGAAAAUAUCCUUCCAAGAGUACUUAUUGUCGGAUUGAGUUAGUUCAAAGAUUGUGGAAAUGGGUUGUAUCCAGAUUUUUGCU